AUGCAAGGUUUCGGUUACGGAUACGGUGGAGCUGGGAAUGGUGCUGGACUCUACGGAACCGGAUAUGGCUAUGGUGGACCUGGAGGGCUGUACAACAAUGGAAAUGGUUACGGAGGCCCCAAUGCUGGUAUCAUUGCUGAUGCUAAUGGGGUCGGAGGGACAACGAACCCUAGUGAUGGUGGAAGUGCUACAGCGACAUCGACUGGGACGACUUCUUCCACACCCACGUCGCAGGAUGGUAAUUCAGCGACAUCGACUGGGACUACUUCUUCCACGCCCGCGUCGCAGGAUGGUAAUUCAGCGACAUCGACUGGGACUACUUCUUCCACGCCCACAUCGCAGGAUGGUAAUACAGCGACAUCGACUGGGACUACUUCUUCCAUACCCACGUCGCAGGAUGGUAAUUCAGCGACAUCGACUGGGACAACUUCUUCCACGCCCACGUCGCAGGAUGGUGAUACAGCAAGUAGUAGUUCCAUGGCUCCAAGUACGGGUACGGACACCCCAUUCCAAGGUGUCAAUGACGGCACUGAGACGCAGAAGAAGGGAUAUCGAAUGCUUCGUUCGGACUAG